AGUGCAGCACUAGUUCAGUUGAACGGUUGGUUCGAGGCGUUAUAACCAUUCAGCAGAAAUCGGGAUUAGCUAAAACCGGCCCAUGAUCCCUCUCCUUCUUCUCUCUACUUAUAGCUAUAUGCAAAUCUUCAUUGAUGCCGAUGCGUGCGAUAGUGAUGGCAAGUGGGUGAUGGCAUCAUUUUAUCGAUUCCUUCCAAAUCUGCGCGAUACACAUGUUUUUGACAGUUGUACGUUCCAGUUUGUUGAAAGAAUCUUGAGCUGUAGCGGUUCGGUUGAAUUUUGCAAUGGCUUGAAGUAUGAAGCCAAUGGACGUUCACUCGUCGGAAGUUUUCUUGUACGAAAGAGACGUGCUGAUGAGAAAGAACGUAUAGGUUAAAGGUGCUCGAUUCUGUUGAAUGAAAUACCGUUUCGCAUCACCCUGCGAGCACACGAAUAUGGAUACCGUGGCAACUGCAGAGUGUCUAGCACUUGAUUUCGGGCCAUUUGAGACGGUGCAUCGAUGGCAACGUAUGCCGGAGUGUGAUGAAUUUGUCGGUGCUAGACGCAGCAAACAUACUAUUGUAGCAUAUAAGGAUGCAAUUUAUGUCUUUGGUGGUGACAAUGGUAAAAAGAUGUUGAAUGACUUACUGCGUUUUGAUGUAAAAGAAAAGUCCUGGGGACGAGCACUUGCAACCGGGCUUCCACCAGCACCACGUUAUCAUCAUUCUGCAGUUGUUCAUGGCUCAUCAAUGUUUGUCUUUGGUGGUUACACUGGAGAUAUACAUUCUAAUUCUAAUCUUAGUAAUAAAAAUGAUCUGUUUGAGUACAAUUUCCAGACUGGUCAGUGGGCAGAGUGGAAGUUUGCAGGAAUGACACCAGUGGCUAGAUCUGCCCACGGUGCUGCUGUAUAUGAUAAUAAGUUAUGGAUAUUCGCAGGCUAUGAUGGCAAUGCCAGAUUGAAUGAUAUGUGGACAAUAUCUUUGCUGCCCGGUGAGUCUAGGGUGUGGGAGCAAGUUGAUCAGUCUGGCGAGUGUCCGCCAACAUGCUGCAAUUUCCCCGUCGCGGUAGCCCGAGAAUCUAUGUUUGUUUUUAGCGGCCAGAGCGGAGCAAAGAUAACUAAUAGUCUCUUCCAAUUUCAUUUUAGGGAGAGGCGAUGGACGCGUAUAUCGACGGAGCACAUAUUGCGUGGCGCACCGCCGCCACCAGCACGGCGAUACGGUCACACGAUGGUCAGCUUUGACCGACAUCUUUAUGUCUUUGGCGGCGCGGCUGAAACGUCUCUGUCUAAUGAUCUUCACUGCUACGAUCUUGACACACAAACGUGGAACGUCGUUUUACCAUCUGCCGACAGUCAGGUGCCGUCCGGUCGACUUUUCCAUGCCGCAGCUGUGAUUGGAGAAGCGAUGUUCAUCUUUGGCGGAACGGUAGAUAAUAAUAUACGGUCCGCCGAGACAUAUCGCUUCCAGUUCUCGUCGUACCCCAAGUGCACUUUGCAUGACGAUUUCGGUAGACUCUUGAGCAACCGUCUCUUUUGCGACGUGGAAUUUAUAGUAGGCGAGUUAGAGACUAAAAUACCAGCGCAUAUUGCCAUGGUGGCUGCGCGCUCACAAUUUCUCCGAGCUCGUAUUCGAGAGGCGCGUGAAAAACGAGCAGUUCAUUUGGAAGAAACGUUUGGUACCGUCAAUGUACCGCUUAAAGAUUUGCCACUAUUAGAGGUAAAAUUGAAUGAUGCUGUACCGGAAGCUUUUGAGAUGGUAUUGAAUUACAUUUACACUGAUCGCAUCGAUCCUACUAAGAGAACUGACGACGCGUCCAGCAGUAAAGUCGAGGAUCCGCAAAGCAAUCGCAUCGUGCUUCUUAUGAUGGAUGUGUAUCGUCUCGCUGUGCAAUUCAAUAUGAAACGUUUGGAACAGCUGUGCGUUAAUUACCUUGAAGCGACCAUAAGUCACGCGAACGUCCUAGUGGCACUGCAUAACGCUGUAUAUUUGAAGUUAUUUUUCAUAAAGGAAUUUUGCCUAAGCUUUGUCGUGAAAGAGAGCAAUAUUAACGAGAUCGUGAUGAGUCAGGAAUUUGAGACUCUGGAUCAGCCGCUGAUGGUGGAGAUUAUUAGGCGUCGACAGGUGCCACAAACGAAGAAUUUUACCAAGUAUGAGUACGAGUCUGGCGUCGGUACGUAUCUUACACAAUUUUCGUUCGCAUAUUCUUUUGUAGAGUUCUUUUUUCGUAAAAAGAAUUUCGUAACGCAUUACGAAGCUCAUUUGCCAGGAACUAGCCUAGAGCAAGAUAUGAAGGAGUUCUUAGAUAACGUUGGUGUGGAAUUUUGCGACAUCAAGCUAAUACUGGAUGGUUUUCCGAUACCAGUGCAUAAAGCAAUCCUUGCAGCGCGAUGCAGCUACUUUGAGGCUAUGUUUCGAUCUUUCACACCUGAAAAUAAUAUGGUGAAUAUACAAAUUGGCGAGACGAUACCGUCGUCGGAAGCGUUCCACUCCUUACUGAGGUAUAUUUAUUACGCCGACAUUUCGAUGCCACCCGAAGACUCCUUGUAUCUAUUCACUGCGCCGUCAUUCUACGGUUUCACGAACAACCGACUGCAAGCGUUUUGUAAACAGAAUCUUGAGACGAACGUUACUUCCGAGAACGUUAUAGAAAUUUUGGAAGCGGCAGAUAGGAUGCAAGCUGCUGAUAUGAAGAAAUAUGCAUUAAAUCUAAUAGUUCAUCAUUUUAGCAAGGUCGCGAGGCUUCCUAAACUGAAACAAUUAAGCCGCGACCUCUUAUUAGAGAUUAUCGAAGCGUUAGCUGACGAACGUAGCGAAGGUAGAAUGUGUCAAGAUAUGACGAAUGAUUGCUGACGGAUUUCUACUCUAGAUCGUCGUCCGUGCAACUGGGAUUUGUUGUCAUCAUGCAGUUUCCAGGAAUUAUGCCGGGUGAAUUUCGUUCUAAUAGGACGAACGAUUCUCUUCGUCGGUAACUGUUAUCUUGACCACGCUACUAAAUCCUGCCUACCCUCGGACAUACAGACUCUGCUGCCGUUAUCGACCGCUGCCUCGUCUGCUACGAUUCACGAGUCAUCGUUCAACGUUGAUCCGGUAACGUCGUCUCGUUGCGAUAAUGACAAGAAGCAACAUCAGUGGUCUACCAUCACUCGUCGUUGCCCCCUCAGUUGCAAUAUGUUUAGGCGCACUGUUGUUGCUUUGUCGGACCUCGGACUUAAAAAGUUAUUUCCGUAAUCUACUGUUAAAAUAACAAGUAUAUCUUCUCUGGGUUGAAUAAUAUUGAAAAAGGAAGAAAAGAAUGGCAAUGUUGCGGUAGAAUUACUUGCCACACGACGAAGAAGUUACAGUGAGAUCGAUGUGUACAAUACUAGUUUAGCGACCGUGUAAUGUCUGUUUGAUAUAACGAAAAAUAGAUUAAUAUCGUUAAUAUGCGCGAGACUUCUAUGUAUUAAAGUUAUAAUUUUUCGUAGAUAGGUAUAUUAACGUCCAUCUCUCCGGAAAUGAUGACGUAUGUUAUUCUAAUUAGCGAAUAUUAAUGUUAAUCGAAUUAUUUAUUUAUAUACAGCAUUUUUUGACUGCGACACUGAAACGAGAUAUUAUUAAAUACGUACAGUGAUAAUUUCAAUAUAAAUAUCUGAAGUAAUAUUAGUUAUAAGAAUAAUUGUAGAUAAGGCUCGUUUGUAAUUAUUUAGUUUUAUAGCGCAUGUAGUAAAAUUUUUAAGAUAUAUGAAUUCCCUAAGACCAUCGAUCUUUAAUGAUAUCUCGUUCGUGGCUGUGAUAAAAAUUCAUGUGUGUUUUCUCGUUUUUAUUAUAAAUGUUAAACUGUCUGUGAAAUAUAUGAAAUGUACAUUUGCUAAAAGAGAUCUUCUCUAACACGAUUUGUGCAUUUGCAAUUGUA